AUGCUGGAGACUGAAUUAUGUUCUUCACGGGUUUUUUCACCUUUUCGCGAGGAAAGUGGUGAUGAGGAGCUUUCUGUUCUUCCGAGGCAUACAAAGGUCAUUGUGACUGGUAACAACAGAACAAAGAGUGUUUUGGUCGGCCUGCAAGGUGUUGUCAAGAAAGCCGUUGGGCUUGGCGGUUGGCAUUGGCUGGUUUUAAGGAACGGCAUUGAGGUCAAGCUCCAACGAAAUGCUUUGAGUGUGUUAGAGCCUCCAACUGGGAACGAAGAAGACGAUGAUUACGAUUUUGAUUAUUCUAGCAGUGGUUCGGACAUUGGAGAAAAGGAAAACCUUCGGUUUUCUACCGACUUUCACUUUGGCAAAUUAAGCAAGUCUCGAGUUCGAUAUAGUAGGCCAUUAUCUCCAGCUGCUUCAGUAAAGUCGAUGAAUCGAAGCAUUUGCAGAGAGCGAGUGAACUUGGCAAGACUAGGAAUCGGAUCUUUGUGGAGAUACCAGCGACGCUUCAACCUUGCAAGUACUAAUCCUACAAAGGAGCAACUAAUUAAAGCAGUGCAACGACAUUUUUCUUCACAGCAGGUGGACGAGAUACAAGUUAUUGCAGAAUUCGUCCGUGCAGCGAAAAGACUAAAAUCGUCGGACGGACGAUGA